AUGCUGAAUUACAUGUUGGGAAAGUAUGUUAAAUGCGGGGUUCCCAUUGUUGUUCAGCUCGGCUGUUCUGUGCCUGCCCAAGCGGUUACAAGAGUUGGUGCCGUUGUAAACGAUAUUCGUAAAAGAUUAGUAGAAACUGCCCCAGAAUUAUCUAAGAGAUGUCGGGCCUUAAUCAAGUGCUGGCAGAAGCUAGUAGAACCAAGGCCUUCGUCAAGUUGCGGAACGAGUUCAAAUGGUGGGACGCCAAGGUUAAUUUCCCCUUCUGUGAGGCGAUUGACUCCAGGAACGCCAGUGAUUGGUGCUCGUGUCACUUCAUCUGGAUUAAGCGUGGCCUCACGAAGCAAUACGAGUUCUCCUAGUGUCAUAACGCCUAGUGGAAGUUACUCGUCUCCUCACCCGCGUGCUGAUUCGUCACCGAAUGGGAGUACUUCCAGUAUACAUAACUCAAAUUCUGUUGGUACAGAUUUACAUGAAAAGGGUGUUGAUGUUUCUGCGCUAUCAGCACCAGAUGAUGCUACUACGCGUAAUGGAAAGCGAAAAGUUGACCAGAGGCGGAGUAUUGAGAACGGAUUAACGAACGGGUUAGCAUCUGCGCCAGCAAAGCGUGCAAAACACGGGUCGACGGCGUCACCUGCUUCUUAUCUUUCAGUUGUUGCAGCUAGACGUGCGAAUGUGCAGUCAACAAGUGAACUUGUAGCGCAGCUAUCUGAAAAUUUGCCGCAGUAUAUGACAAUUGAUCUCUCGGAACAUGAACAAAAAGUGAAGCGAGAGCAAGGAUUAACCUCUCAAGCACAAAAUGAAGCGCAUGUUCAUCAACAUAGCGCAUCUCACUUACAUCAUGUUAGUUCAACUCCGGCAAUGCCGCUAAACGAUUUACCCAAAAAGAAAGAAAAACGUGGACGUCCGAAGAAAACGGGUACUGAGCAGUCCAACGAAAUGGAAAAACAGAUCGCGAUCUCGGAUAUUUUAAGGACUACACCGCUAGUAUCAAUUAGCGAUGUGUCGGCCGAGCCAGGUUCGAGUUCAGUCAGCAAAAACUUAACAGUUCCUCCUUUCCGUAAUGGCACGUAUGAUUGGAAUGCGUUAUUGCCUUCCCUUGAAACUUUAAGAAACAGAAAACACGACAGGGUCGAACCAUCCGUGAAUCCUCGGAAGUCAACUAUAUAUAAUGUCCAUGGGCGAGAGGUGUUAGCGUUGCCGCUAAUCGACAUCGGAUUGCCCGAUUUUUAUGAAUAUAAGUAUCCAAACCAGACUCAGUUUUAUGCCGAGAGUAACCUUGAUUUUAGAGGUUCUCAUUUGACUUAA